AUGGGCUUUGUGCCAGCCAAGGGGAAAGAGAGCACCAAAUCCAUGAUGUCAGAAGGCAACCAACAGGAGGCAGGAUCCUUCUCUGCUGCCAGAGCUGCUUCUACCACCUCUGAAGUGGAGCUUGACAGAGCCAAGUCCAACAAGAGCAGGACACAGGGCAAGGCAAGCCCUCAAAAACAACAGCCAGAAGAAGAAACACCAAAAGUGCCAGUGGGGCCAGGACCAUAUUUCUAUCUGAGUGGAUCUAAUGGAGCUGAGCUAGUGAGCAGCUAUUGCCAGGGCAGAGGCUGGCAGCGUAUCUAUGACAACAGGAGAGAGGAUUAUGCACUGAAAUGGUGUGAAAUCAAGAACCCAGAGACCUAUCUGCAUUUCAAAGAAGGUGAACAACUUCUCUACCAGAUCCCCAACAACAGAGUCCUCACCACUAAGAUAGAGCUUCUGUGCUGCCUGAGAGAGCAAGAGAGGAGGAUGAAAAAGAGUAGGAGGAGCUCCAAAUUCAAGUUCCUGAAGAUGGAAGAAUUCUUCCCAGAAUCUUUCCGCCUGGACAUAGAAGAGGAGAGAAACAACUUCCUAAAGCUCUGCAGAGAAAAAGAGAUUUGGAUCUGCAAACCAAGCUGCUCCAACCAAGGCAAAGGAAUUUUCCUGCUCAGAAGUCCAGCUGCCCUCAACAGCCUUCAAGCCAAGCUCCACAGCACUGAGAAGCACCCACCCAAGAGGAAGUUGCUGUGCAAGGCUCCCCCAGCAAGAAUAGUGCAAAGAUAUCUAGGCAGUCCCUUGCUCCUGGAAGGGAAGAAGUUUGAUGUCCAUUCUUACCUCCUCAUUGCCUGCACAGCUCCAUUCCUGGUGUUUUUUGCCCAAGGUUAUGCCAGGUUGACCUGUGGCCAUUAUGAUCUUGUUUCUGAUGAUCUGACUGUUCACCUCACCAACCAGUGCAUGCAGAAGAAGCACCCCCUGUACAGACAGCUGAAGGAGGAGACAGUCUGGAGGAUGGAGCACUUGGACAGCUACCUCAAUGAGAAGUUCAGAGAAACCAGUGGCCUCCCUGCAGACUGGGUGUUCACUGUGUUCACUGAGAGGAUGAAGCAGAUCAUGCUGCAGUGCAUCCUGGCAGCCCAGCACAAGCUGGCUCGCAGGUUGGGCUACUUCGACCUCCUCGGCUGUGACUUCUUGGUUGAUGAAAACUUUAAGGUCUGGCUGCUGGAGAUGAAUGCCAACCCAGCACUGCACACCAACUGCAAAGUCUUGAGACACAUCAUCCCAGCUGUUGUCUAUGAGUGUCUUGGUAAAUUUCUUGGGGUUUUCCAGAAGCGCCUCAGAGGUCAUAAGGUUUUGCCUUUAGAGACACUCAGACACUUUGUACUUCUCUACCACAAGGAUGCUGGAGCCCUGGGCCAGAAAUCAUCCUCAAAGCUCAGAGUGCUGCACACUCUGGUAGCCAGCAGCCAGGCAGUGCGGCAUGCCCGAGGCUCAGCAGAUGGCAGGGUGGCACUGCCACUGCUCACACUGCAAUGCAGGGAGAAGGCCAGGCUGGGUCAGGCCUUAAGCAACCUCUUCUAA